AUGCCACCAAACACACACAAGUCCUCCAUUAUUUUGUUCUUUAUAAUUAUUUCUGUGGCGUGUAAUAGUGUUAAUCAUCCUUCUAUUGAAGAAUCCUUCAAACAGUGUCUAGUUUCGCAACCCUCCGUUAGUUUGGGACAUUGUUUUGGCGUUGGAGCUAUUAGUAAAUUGCGAAGUUUGGACAGUGACCAGGAAUUUGAUUUAAUUGACGGUGUUACUUUGAGCAGGAACCAGGAGUACAGAGAAACGUACAAUUUUGCCGACAGAGAUCCAGGGGAUUUUCGAACGUGGAUCGACUCACUGAGCCAUGUAUUUUCUCACCGGAGUUUACAGUGGGAUAUGGGAUUUUUGUAUCCCGGACUUUUUAUGCGCGUAGCGCCCUCUACAAGUCCGGGAGGUCAACUAGAGUUUAUGUUAGAUCCGCAACGUGAAAUCCUCAACAAACACUCAAUCAAAGAGUUUGGUACAGGUCGACUACUUGCGCGCCAGUUUCUUGUACCGUUUUUGUUGGGGUUCAAGUUCAAUGUUGCCACUCUUAUUCCAAUUUUAUUCGGACUGUUGGCACUACUUGCUAAAAAAGCAAUCAUUUUGAGCAAAAUUGCACUGGUCAUCAGCAGUGCGUAUGGUUUGGGGACUUUACUGUUGGGAAAUAAUGGCAAUAGAGUACCGAAUCAGUAUCAAACGGGAGGUUUCAAUCCCGGAUUUGGCGGAAGUUCACAGUUUCACCACCACAAUAGAUUUCCUGAAGAUGAGUAUCCGGAGGUGUAUUACCGUGGGAUCGUAGAAAACAACAAUGUGGACCAAUUACGAGUCCAUGGGAAGAUUCAAAAACUUUUUACGGACGAGAAAACAACUCAUGGUCGAAAUUUCGCUUGGAGUGAAGAUGAAAAAGUCCAAAAAUCCACUUAAAAACUUUAAUUUUGUAUUUUUUUUAAUAAAUAAACAAUAA